CUUAUGCAACUUUUAAUACAAAGUUUCAAAGCUUUUGUAACAGCGUUUGCAAAUCAAAGCUGAAUCGUGGAAUAAUUACAGGGAGUACCUGAAAAAUAACUGACGAUGGUGGUGUUACAAAUGGUACUGCUGCUCUGUGCUGGGAGCUCACUUGCAGAUGAUUUAUUUUCACCAAAUGUAAAUAUUAUUGCAGAGCUCGAGAAACUGAAAAACAUGGAAGAAAGGAUACAAAAAUUAGAAGAAACACUGACCAAAGUAUUGAGUGAGAAUGAAGCUUUGAAAACCCUAGAAAAAGAUUCACAAAAUAAGAUGGAAUUUUUCCAAAAAGAGAAUGAAGCCAAAAAAGUUGCCUUUUCUGCUGGACUUCUGGAAUCUGGAACAGGAUACACUGGGCCCAUUAAUACUCCGAAAACUCUGGUCUACAAAAAAGUCUUCAGUAAUAUUGGAGGUGCCUAUGACCCAAAUACUGGUGUUUUCACAGCACCAGUGAAAGGAGCCUAUUACUUAAGAUUUUACGGUCAUAGUCAUGGUGGAACAACAAUGGCAGUCAGUCUCUUGAAGAAUGGUGAAACCCAGUGCUCUCUGUAUUCUUGGAAGCCUACCUCCAAUGGUAAUGCCAGCAAUGGUGUUGUUCUCACACUGGAGACCGGUGAUCAAAUUUCUACACGACUUUGGCAGAACACCUGGGUUUAUGAUGAUCCAGCAAGUUACACCAGUUUCGGUGGUUUUCUGAUUUUCCCCCUGUGAAUGUCUAAAUCUUGUAUGACCCAUAUCCAGUGCAGGAUGCAAUAUAAAAUAAUUAUUUUAAUGGAACGUAAUUGUUUCUGUGUAAGUAAACUAAAUUUGAGUAAAUAAUAGGCAUAGAUAAAGGGAGAUAAUUGCUUUUUAGUUACAAUGUUUAAGUCUAAACAAAACAAAAAACAACGGUGAAAAAGAGUAAAGGAGCUGCUAAGCUCAAAUAAUUUUUUAUGAACGAGAGUAGUACUUUCCAUAUUUCUAGCAUAUCAAAUGCUGAACAUUUAAUUAAAUAAACCAAAUAUGACUGAA